ACGAAGUUUGCGUUCCAGCCGACCAGCUGUCAAUUUCGAGCUGUCAGUGACGAUUUGACAAAUCUUCGUGCGAGCUCUCGCCCCGCAAAACCCCGUUCUACGCUCUUUCUCUUUCCGGCAAUCGUAUGGAAGUGUAGUGACACAUUUCGAUCAAGAUGUUUAUGCCAAAAGCCCAUCGCGUCGCCAUCUAUGAGUACCUCUUCAAGGAGGGAGUCCUGGUGGCUCAGAAGGAUUUCUACGCCCCGAAGCACCCGGAGCUGGAGGCUAUCCCGAACCUGCACGUAAUCAAGACGAUGCAGUCUCUGAAGUCCAAGAACUACGUCAAGGAGCAGUUCGCCUGGCGUCACUACUACUGGUAUCUGACCAAUGAGGGUAUCGAGUAUCUGCGCUCGUACCUGCACCUGCCCCCGGAGAUCGUGCCGUCGACGCUGAAGCGCGCCAACCGUACCGAACCGCAGCGGGCCCGUGCCGGACAACCCGGAGCCGGACGAUCCGGAGGCGAUGGUGGCAAGGGAGCCGAAGACCGACAGGCCUACCGCAGGACGCAACAACCCGGCGGUCCGGACAAGAAGGGAGACGUCGGUGCCGGAGCCGGCGAUGUGGAGUUCCGCGGAGGAUUCGGCCGUGGAUCCCGACCCCAGUAAAUGGCAUCAUUGGUUCGAGAUGUUUAACCAAACAACAUUUCUGCGGAUAACACAUCGGUACUGGGUACCCUAUUGUGUACAUUUAAUAAUAAAACAAUCUAUGGUUUAAGAUUAAAAAAACAGAGAACGUCCUGAAUGGAA